AUAUGGCCGCUGCUCAAGAAUCCAUUGAAGUUGAUUGUCAGAUCUGCAUGCUGAGAUUCAGCAAUGAGGCUAGCCACAGGCCGAGGUCUCUGCCCUGUGGUCACUCACUGUGUCAUGACUGCCUGGGACGACACAUCGGUCAGACGAUCACAGGGACAACAUUCCAGUGUCCUUUCUGCAGGACAGCCAUUCAAGUGAGACACACCAGUCAGGAAGGAUAUGACUCCUUGGCCGAACAGUUUCCUGUCAAUUUCUUGCUGGCAGAAACCAUCGAACACAUCGACAAUAGACAAAUCCAAAACACCACAGCUCAGCUAAAAACGGACUUCGGUGACCUCAAGAUGAUCUGCCAGUCAGCAGGGUACAAAAUGGAAAAUGAGAAUCAUCGUUACCUCUCCAAGCUGGACCUCAGCGUAGCACAGACAACGGCCGACAUCAACAACGCAGCAGAUAAACUGAUACAAGAGUUCACGGCCGCAGUCCGCGGCAACCAGGAGAAAAUGAUGAACCGGCUUGGAGUUGAUCACGAAAGUGCCAGAGGUAGAAUAGAGGAAGCCGGUAAAAAGACUAAGACAUUGCUCAGUGAACCUCAGAAUUAUUUAAAAUGUAAUGAAAAACUGUUCACUUCAGAAUCCUUGACCAAAUCCCAAAUUAAAGAGAACAUAGACCAAAUUCAACAACUAAAGAAAAUUUUGAAUGAUUAUUUGGCCACAUCCAUGUUCGGGGUUCAGCAUCCGGAAAUAACUUUCACGAAACAUGUCAACACCACAGACAACUUUGCUGCUAAUAUAGGCACAAUAAAUGUGACAGACGAACAGACUGACUUAUCGCUAGGUGCCAAGUCUAAAGAUGAACAGACAGUCCCAAAGGACUUAUCGCUAGGUCCCGAGUCUAAAGAUGAACAGACAGUCCCAAAGGUCGUAGGAACAAACCAGACAAGCGACAAACUCAAACUGGUCAAGGUCAUAAAUACUAAAGGCGAAACGAGUCCCGAUCUGGCAUCAGUUGAUGUUUUAAAUAUACAGGACUCUGUCAAAAUAGUCGUAGCCGAUAACGCCAACUCGUGUAUUAAGUGCUACAACUAUGAUGAUGGCACACUUCAUGGUGUUUGUAAAACCAGCGGUAAACCACGUGGCCUUACGAAACUUGGUAAUGGUAACCAGGUGGUCGUAACGAUACCGACGCGCAGACAGAUAAUAUUUGUGAAGGUAGACAGUAUCAUCACCGCCACAAAGACCGUCCAUAUAGGGAAAGUCUACUCUAGGAUAACCCAGUUACCCGAUUCCAGUCUGGCCGUCAGCGUGUGGGCCUCUGACCCCGGUUGUGUAGACAUUAGACUUGAACGGUUAUGUGAUCAGGUCUAUAUCAGACCUUCCACCAGGGCCUGGGUAUCUCACAUCACUGGGCGAUUCUUUGUUAGUUAUGUCCUACAAAUAUACAUGUGACGCUUUCACGCGUGUGAAGCUUUCACCAUCGUCGAGUCACAUCGACUGGGUGAAGUCACGCGACUCGAUGAUGCUGAAGGAUGCACGUGGUAUUACAUGCGAUGGGCAUGGUUUCAUCUAUGUCACCGAUUUUGACCGCCAUGCUGUUGUUCAAAUCUCUGCCGGUGGUGACGUUAUACGUGACAUCAUGACCCAGCAGGACGGUUUGGUAAACCCUCGAGCUGUCUGUUUUGUCAGGGAUUGUCUGUACAUGACUCAGGAAAAUGGCGAAAUUAAAAUAUUUACAUGGAUGUAAAAUAAGCCACGACACUGACGUAUAUAGCAUAGAGAGACCUGGGGCUUGUAACUCGAAACGUUCGUAAAUAUUUUGGUGGUACGUGUUGGCUACGACAGUACUUCGACAGUUGUAGGAAAGGUUUAGUAGUAUAACCUGAAACACGCGUAGCUUUGGCGUAAAGCAUAGGUAAAGCUAGAGGAAGACGACUGUAACUCGAAAGACUUGUACACUUACGACAAGGGGAUUCCCUUGCAGUGCUUUCAAGUCUCACGCAUUUGAACGUCGUGUCACGCUCUCACGCCGGUACAUGAUUUUCUCACGCAUUUUAAACAUAGCAAAAUAGUUUUUAUACAUAUAUAUAUAUAUUUUGUUGUUCAUUCCAUCUCAACGACCGACAAACAAGCCUGCGACUGCCGGCUGGCCCGGUUAAGCAUCGUAAGGCAUUAAAAUCAUAUACAUUAUGUAAUAUGUGUCCACGUUGUUUAUUGGUCAGAAUCUUGAACCUUGAUCAGUUGUCAGCGCGCUUAUUUCCCGCGCCAAUUUAUUCGAAUUCAAGAUGUCCGACCAGACAAAAUCUCACUCCUUGCGAAAGUUCCUACAUGAGAGCUCUGCCCUUGUUGCUGUAAUACACUUGAAGAUGGGCUAAGUCUGUUUAUUGAAAUUGUGCCUUUAGGACAGUCUAGCAAUAAUAUGUGUAUUUCUACUGGCAAUUUGGACGUUUCGUGAAACUGCAGGUGCUCGUAUCUUGUGUGAUCCGAGCUGUUUGGAGUAUCAUGUUUUGGUUUUUCUUGUGGUUUGUUUUGUGCUAUAAAAGAGGGUGUUUCGUAAAGGCUGUUUGUCUUUUCAUCUGGAAACAAUAUGAUCGUAAGUAUAAGUGUUAUAAUAAUUGGGAGGGUAAUUUAAGUUAUUGUGAUAACGUUGGAAAGGGUUUCAUUUUAGUAGAUAAAACAGCUUGGAUCAGUUCAUUAAUAUCUGUUAGUAAUAAAUAUAUCAUUGUAAAA